AACUUUAUCUUAGUUUCAGAAUUUUAGUAUUUUAAUCGAAAAUUAAGGACGUACAAUUAAUAAGUACUUAAUAACUAACAAAGCCAUAGGGAUGGAGGCACGUAGACGUCGCAAAGCAAGAAUGGAUCGUGAUGGCUCCUCUGAACGAGGCCGAGAUGGCAAGAGCGGUCCUCAACGAAAUGGAUCAUCUGCCAUUAAAAAGUUAUUCUUCGUUUUUUUUGUUGUAUUUGGAAUCGGAGCACUUGGAUAUUCUUUAUCAGUAUUACGGCCUGUCGAGAUGGACGACAUCCCAAUUUUUCAAGCUGAUAUCAAAAUCAACCAAGUACUGGAACAAGGAGAGCGAAUUAUUGUCGGGCAAGUUGGCCCUGAAUCCAUGGCAAUUGAUAAAAAUGGAAAUAUAUAUACUGGUCUACGGGAUGGCAGAAUUAUCAAAAUUCAUCCGAGUGCGACAGGUGAACUAGGUGUCGGAUUGGUUGAAGAUUUCAGAAAUGGACCAAUACCGGGUGUUGAACCUAUUGAUGGACAUGUAAUACCCCGCCCACUUGGACUCCGCCUCCGUGGAGAUAUUUUGUAUGUUGUAGAUGCCUAUUACGGUAUUUAUACUCUGAAUAUGAAAACAAAAGAAGUGCGCCCCCUAGUGAAACCAGACGAUGUGGAACCAAGCAUGAAAUUUCCAAACGAUUUAGAUAUUUCGAAAGAUGGGAAAUACAUUUAUUUCACAGAUACGAGCUCGAAGUGGAAUCUGGGUCUUUUCUAUUAUGAUGUCCUGGAGGGAGAAUGCUUGGGGCGUUUAUUCCGACUAACGGUCAAAACUGGUGAAAUUAAACUCCUUGCUUCGAAGCUCUGCUUUGCAAAUGGCGUGCAACUUUCAAACGAUGAGAGCAGGGUCGCUGUUUCUGAAACCACUCGAUUCCGAGUCCUUUUUCUUGACACCAAAACUGGAAAAGUUGAAAAAGUUACGGACGUACCCAGCAUGCCAGAUAAUAUCCGUCGUAGCCAAAAAGGGGGUUUUUGGGUCGCAUUACCAGUUGGUCGAUCACAUUUCGUAGAUUUUCUUUGGAAAUACUCGAUUUUACGUCGAGUUUUUACUGGUUUGGUGCCUUAUUCAUUGUAUCCACGUUUUGCAAGUGAUAAAUAUGGAUUGGCGGUUGAAUUGGACGCUAAUGGUAACAUUGUUUCGUACGUUCAUGACAUCACAGGGAAAACAUCAAAAACUGUCUCUGAAUUAAUGGAGACAAAAGAUGGCGCUCUGUUUGCUGGUUCUUAUAAGGAGCCAUAUAUGGUGAAAGUUGAAAAGAGAUAAUUAUAAAGAUUAAGCGGUGCUAUUAUAGCAUGAGGCCCAUUGCCAUAUGUCUCCCACCCAGUCUGAGAUAUUUCAGGUUAGGGUCAGAUCUAUCCAAUAAAUCGCUAAACUAAACGCAUAGAGAUACCAAGUGACCGUACAUUUGAACCCAUGCGUAUAUAUGCGGGUUCAAUCUAUAUGCGGGUGCUAAAACCCAUGGGUUAGGUUUAGUAUGGGUUCAAAUAUCCGUAAAACAAAAAAAAUGGUGCAAUAGUAUGCAGGUGCAAUUGUCGUGUGUUCAAAUGUACGUGGGUUCAAAUGUAAUGGAACCAGAUACCACAGUGUGAGUUCUAUCACUACUUACUUAGAUGAAGUCUGAGGUCUAUCGCGUCUCUUGAUGCAUCUGUAUAGGUCAAUUCUUGGAUGUGUACAAAUUAGUAUUUACUAAAUUGAACGCAUAAAAAUAAAUGAUGCCCAUUAGGAAUGGAAAUGCAGCAAUAGAUCUCACGCUAUAUCAUUAUACCUCACGAUAGUACCAGCUUUUUGUAUAUCUCAUGCUAUAGGGUAGUGGUUCUUAUGCUAUAGUAUUACUGAAAAGCUUUUAUUUUUAUGUAUGGGUGUCAAAAAGAAUCGAAUAUAUUUGAAAUUUUUUAUUCAGAUGUAGAAAU